AUGGGGGUGAAAACGAUGCUCCCCAGCUACGAGCUGGGGUUCUACGCUCUCGUCGUGACAUGUGCCGUGGUGUACAGUGGCAGUGGGAUCUUCGAAGCAUCUAGAGACAGUGUGAACAGAAAGGCCUUUCGGGACGGCAUAAAGCCAGGCUGGCACUACUUCGGCAGGAAGAUGGACGUGGCUGAUUUUGAGUGGAUGAUGUGGUUCACCUCGUUCAGGAACGUCAUCAUCUUCGCCCUCUCGGGACACGUCCUCUUCGGCAAGAUCUGCUCCAUGAUAGUGCCACAGCACCGGGCCGUGAUGUACAUGCUGUACGGGGUCCUGGCUGUGCUGGGCAGCAUGGGGCCCAUCUACCUGAUGAUCAUCCUCUCCCACUGCCUUGUCCUCUACUCUGUCGCACUGGCCAAGCAGAAGUGGCUCUGCUACGUGGCUGGGCUUUGCUGUCUUGCCUCCAUCAAGAUGGAACCAUUCAGCUCCUGGCAGGGAGGUGCUAGCGGGUUUGUAACGGGAGCUUUUGAUCUUCAAGAUGUCCUCUUCUAUGGAGGAAGCAGCUUCACCAUCAUGCGCUGCAUGAGCUUCGCACUGGAGAGCUCUGAGAAGAAAGAAGGCAUCUACUCUAUCUUUGACCUCCUCAAGUACAACUUCUACCUCCCCUUCUUCUUCUUCGGGCCUGUCAUGACAUUUGACCAGUACCUUGCUCAG